AUGAGCUCAUCUAUGCCCCCAGAGGAUAUUGUCCUGGAACACUACUGCAUUUUGUGUCAUGAUGCAACCCGCCUCCAAGGCUUCAUGUUGCGAUUGAAGACACCGUUAGAUUUUGAUCCCCACCCUAAUGUGCCAGCGGCGAUAAAAAAGUGUUUGGAUGCUUCAAACAAAAAGCUAUGUCUUGCUCCUCAGCAGGAGCGGCAUCUCGGAUCCAACGCUCAUCUUGUGCAUAUUUCUUGCUUGCAGCUUGCUCAUUCCAGGCUACCUCGGCUCUGUAUCAGAACAUUGUGUCGAAUCGGCGAGAUACUACGACCUGUUGUCAAUUGGAGUAACUCAGUCUACCUUUUCGGCCCACAGCCAAUGCCAUCAUUCCUCUCUGGGUUCCCUUUGCACUCAACGGAGUUGGGAGCUUUGGUCCAGCAGAUACAGCAGCGACUACCGACCGAGAUACAACUAAUGGUGUGUAAACUCCUACUCACAGGCCUCUUUUCAUCGCUUGCAACUUGUUCCGAGACUGUGACAUGGCUCCUUGAGCAACAAUUUGCAAACCACACAGCAGGGAGAUCCUUGGCUACUAAAAGCUCCCUUCCUGCUGUUCAUGACGUUGGAGGAUUAGCGGCCAGUGUGCACGACGUCCUGGGCGAAAGCUACUUGGCCGGGCUCCAGGCCACCCCGUUGCAAGGUGGUCAUAACCACCAAGUUCAGCUCUCCAGCCACGAUAUUCUUGGACUGAAAGUCUUGCUAGGAAGGCGCGGCGUUGUUGGAACAAGAGUUCACUACCAGGAUGGCUCGGUGUCUCCCUGGCUUGGACAGAGCGUGUCGAAAUGGGCAUAUUUUAUCCGUGGAAAUGAUCUGCGACGGCUUUAA